AUGCCUGCUACAGAACACCAGCCAUCAUUUCUUGGCAGAAUCAGCAUUAGAAGAAACCAAGUAAUUGCCAUGGAUGGUAACCAUGAACAAGAACUAGAAGACCUGGAGCUUUUUCAAAGACACACAGGUGAUCGUUUUGCUGAUUUACUGUCACCUCCUGAUAAUCAAGAUUCUCCUCUCACUGGUGAGUCAUUUCUCUCAAUUUCUUGGCUAAGAAAACUAGUCGAUGUUUUGUUGUGCUGCGAGGCUGAAUUCAAAGCUGUUUUAAUUAUGGGUCGUGAGCCUUCUCAAAUAUCUAAACCACCAUUGGAUCGUUUGCUUAGUGAUUUUAUGGAACGUUCUGUUAAAGUUCUUGAUAUUUGUAAUGCGGUUGCUACUGGGGUUGAUUCUAUUCGUCAAUGUCAAAAAUUGGCUGAGAUUGUUGUUUCUGCUUUAGAGCAGAAACCAAUUGGUGAUGGUCAAGUUAAGCGAGCUAGAAAGGCUUUGAGUGCUUUGAUGUCUGCUUUGACAAUUGAUGAUAAAGAAAAUAAUCAUUCAAGGUACGCAGAGAGAACUUGGUCUUUUGGAAGGAGAGGAAAUAAUAGUGGGGGUAAUCAUAAGGACCGAGCUAAUCACGGUUCUCUUCGAUCUUCAUCCAUGGUUGUGGCUAAAAACUGGUCUGCUGCAAAACAAAUUCAAGCUAUGUGUUCUAAUUUGGCGGUACCAAGAGGUGGAGAAUCAACAGGAUUGGCUCAGCCUGUUUAUAUAAUGAGUAAUGUUAUGGUUUUUGUGAUGUGGGCUCUUGUGGCUGCAAUUCCAUGUCAAGAAAGGAGUGGAUUGCCAACCCAUUUUCAGAUUCCAAAGCAAUUUGGGUGGGCACAUAGCAUAAUUGGGAUGCAGGAGAAGAUUGGAGAGGAAUGGAAAAAGAAAGAGAAAAAAGGGUCAGCUGGGUUGCUUGAGGAGAUGCAGAGGAUGGAGAAGUUGGGGCAGAGUUUGAUUGAAUUUGCUGAUGGAUUCCAAUUUCCUGCUGAGGCUGAGAAGUUAGAGGAAGUGGCUGCGCAAGUGGCGGAGCUGGCGGAGAUUUGCCGGAGAAUGGAAGAAGGGUUGAUGCCCUUACAGCAGCAGAUUAGAGAGGUGUUUCAUAGGAUUGUGAGGAGCAGGACAGAGGUUCUUGAUUCGUUGGAUAAUGGGAAAGUUUCUCAACCUAUAAUGUAA